AUGCGAGGGGCUUCGCCGUGGCGAGGCCCCACGCGUGCCUCGUCGCUCUCCGCCACAAAGCGGGCGGCGGACGUCUACGGCCGCGACCUGCACCGAGGGCCAAGCCCCUGCCGGCUGAGGUGCCGCGCGGACGUGCGCGAGGCUUGGAAACCGAAGACACCAGACCUGGCGGAGCUGGAGAGUGAGCUGCACCGUUUGGCGCCCGGAGGUGGCCAGCGCCUCAGCGAGACUCACAUCCGCGAGCUGCUGGCAGUCAUCAAGAAGACGGCCA